GAUGAGCAGUUGAUACUUUACCAUGUUAGGCAUCAUUGCUGAAAUGAGUGAACUGUCUCAGUGGCCCUCCAGGUGCCUUUCCACUCCGAGAGUCUGAUUUUGUGACUGAGUGGGAGACCAGAAAUGAUGACUUUUAGUAAGUCUAUUAGACGUUUCAGACUGAAUAACUAAUGUAAGAUCCCAAUUUUUCCUUUUUUUCAUUUUAGAUUUGGGGAUAUUCCCUGCCCAAAAAAUUCCUGGAAAAUUGACUAGUAUUAAGUGUGAGUAAAAGGUGUCCACUUUUUUUUUAAGUCUUGAUUUUAGUUUUGUCUUGGAUAGUAUUUGGCAAGAUUUAGCCUAGAAAGUAUAUAGUGUUUAUUACAUAAGAAGCAAAGUGGCUUUGUUACUGGGCUGGUUUUGAAACUCAUUUCUGUGUAUUAAAAUAACUUAAUUUUUUUUAUUUUAAAUUCUUAAAUGGUAAACGUACCAUUCAUUAUGAAGUAAAAUUUCAUCUCUCCCAAAUUUACCCUUUUACUGACUGGAGUGAAGUCUUUAGCUCUAAUCAUCAGUUAUCAGGAAGCCUUUGCAGGGCCAGCAUUGAAUGCCAUGCCAGUGAUGCUUGGGUUGAUAUAAAGGAAGAAGGAUAAGCAUCUUUAGCAUCUCUGUGCUUCGUCCGAGCUGGUUCAGAAUGGCAAUAAUGCUGCUCUGCCUUCUUCAGCUCGCUGCCCCACUCUGUAGUUACUCUGUAACUAUACACUUCUACCUUUUUUGGUUAAACACUCCCUGACGAUGAUUGUUAAACAUACCAUAACAUUGACAUAUAUCUAUCUAUCAAUACAUCCAUAUAUAUGGAUUUCUCUUCAUCUUGAUUUUGUGACUGGGUAAAAUUUAGUAACAUUAACUUCAUGGUACUUUGGUAUAAGAGUAAGUUCACUAUUUUUAUAUUGAACCCAAAUCUAAAGGCUUUUAUAUUAUAUUUUAAAAGGAUAAUUAACCAAAUGUUUUAUUUCUAUACAUUUGUGUGUGUAUAAGCCUGUUAGUAUAUAUUAUAUGGAUAUUAUAUACAUAAAACACUUUAUAUUUUUACAUACAGUAUGCUUUUAUUAUACAGAUAAUAAAGAUGGGGGAAGGUUUCUGUUUUUUUUUCUUAAUAGGUGAAGAAAUCUUGAAGACCAGAGAUUGGAUCUUAUUGAAAUUUUGGUGGUGUUUUUACUUUUUCUUUUUUUCGUCUUUUUAUUUUUAAAUUAUAUUGCUCAGCUAUGGAAGAUGGAUUUUUUUUUUUAUUCUUUGAAUUUUAAGUUCAUCUUUAAAUGAACUUUUUUUUUUUGUUUUUUUAUUUUUGUUUUUUGGUUUUUGAUUUUUUUGAGGAGAUAACUAAUGCUAGCUGUCUCCAGUCUGACAGAGGUUAUACAAAUGGACUUAAUCUUCCAGGAGUUGGGAGAUGUUUUAAAGAUGUUUUAAAAACACGUCCUGUGUUUCAAUUGUGGCUGAGAGGUUUCCUUGGCAAUGUGAGGAGAAAAUUCUUUCUACCUCAUUAUUAUUAAUUCAUGGAUUGAGUGUUGGUUCGACCUACAGGCGUAAUAGCUUGGAACUGAGUGAAGACACAGAUGUCCCUGUUGAGAGCAACCAGCUAAUGAUUACGUUUUAAAGACGAUUUCUGUGGUUGUUGUCAUUGGAAGAUUAAGUCCAUUUCAAGAGUACUUGGAGCUGGUCUUCACCUCGAGGAAGCAGUGGCUUGUUCCAGGAAGCCACUUUUGGCCUGAAAAUUUACCCAGUAUGCCUAAUCAGGGAGAAGACUGCUAUUUUUAUUUCUAUUCUACAUGCACCAAAGGUGACAGCUGCCCAUUCCGUCACUGUGAAGCUGCACUAGGAAAUGAAACUGUUUGCACACUAUGGCAAGAAGGUCGUUGCUUUCGACAGGUGUGCAGAUUUCGCCACAUGGAAAUUGACAAAAAACGAAGUGAAAUCCCUUGUUAUUGGGAAAAUCAGCCAGUGGGAUGUCAAAAACUAAACUGCGCUUUCCAUCACACCAGAAGUCGUUAUGUUGAUGGACUGUUCCUACCUCCAAGCAAAAGUGAGAUUGGUUUUGAUUCUAAAAGAGAACAGUUGCUAUUCACUGUGUUACCCACUGUGCCUGAAUCACAAGAAGAAGAAGUAAAGGCUAGCCAGCUCACGGUUCAGCAGAACAAAUUGUCUGUUCAGUCUAACCCGUCCCCUCAGCUGCGGAGUGUAAUGAAAGUAGAAAGUUCAGAAAAUGUUCCCAGCCCUACACAUCCGCCUGUAGUAAUCAAUGCUGCAGAUGAUGAUGAAGAUGACGAUGAUCAGUUUUCUGAGGAGGGCGAAGAAAGCAAAACACCUGCCCUGCAACCAACUCCUGAUGUUCAUAAUGGAUUACGAGUGGCUUCUGCCCGCAAACCCGGAGUCAGUUUAAAACAAGGUGAAUGUUUGAAUUUUGGAAUAAAAACUCUUGAGGAAAUUAAAUCAAAGAAAAUGAAGGAAAAAUCCAAGAAGCAAGGUGAAGGCUCCUCAGGAGUUCCCAGUGUUUUACAGCAACCUCAGCCCAAUCCAGGCCCUGAGAAGGAGAAUGUUCGGACUGUGGUGAGAAUGGUAACUCUAUCAACCAAACCAGAAGAGCCCUUGGUUAGACUGAGUCUUACUGAGAGACUGGGGAAAAGAAAACUUGCAGUAGGUGGUGAUAGUGAUCCCCCAUUAAAGCGAAGCCUUGCACAGAGGCUGGGAAAAAAAGUGGAAGCACCAGAAACUAACAUUGAUAAAGCACCAAAGAAAGGUGCAAAAGAAGAGAAAAAGCUUGAACUUGAAAACAGUGGUGACGCUCCUUCUCAGAGCAGUGUGACUAAGAUGGAGGGUAAUGAGACUUCAGAUGAGACCAUAAGUGAUCCCACAAAACUUCCAGUCAACAGAUGUGACACUGUCAAAGAGAAACACACACAGAGACAGCAGGGGAGAGGAGCGGCACAAAAGGAGAAAGCAGCCUUGUCAUCUGUGCGGGGAGAUGAAGCUUCCUACUAUACUCGAGUGGUGGGGAAGCCAGUGCUCACUGCUGGAUCGGGCAUCGCUCGGCACCUGGCAAAACGGCUCCCCACCGAGUCAUCCCAGAAAGGGGAGGUAGAAACCUCUGGAAUUGGGGAUUCAAUACUGAAUGUGAAAUGUGCAGCACAGACUUUGGAGAAAAGGAGUAAAGCCAAACCUAAAGUAAAUGUGAAGCCAUCUGUGGUCAAGCUGGUCUCAGCUCCCAAAUUGGCUCCCAAGCGCAAGGCUGUGGAGAUGCACUCUGCUGUCAUCGCAGCCGUGAAGCCACUCAGCUCCAGCAGUGUCCUCCAGGAAAGCCCCACCAAGAAAGCAGCAGUGGCUGUUGUCCCACUCCUCUCUGAGGAUAAAGCCGUCACCGUGUCUGAGACAGAAAAACCAAAAGACAGUUCUGUGCUGUCUUCAGCCCAAGCUUCUUCAGAACCCUUGCUCCCAGAAGGAUCUGGCCCUUCCUCAUCCCAGAUGGCAACAAAACCGCGCCGGCUGAGCUCUGCCUCAACGGGAAAGCCUCCACUUUCUGUGGAAGAUGAUUUUGAGAAACUAAUAUGGGAAAUUUCAGGGGGCAAAUUAGAAGCUGAGAUCGACUUGGAUCCUGGGAAAGAUGAAGAUGACCUUCUGCUUGAGCUCUCAGAGAUGAUUGACAGCUGAAGCUGAAGGGGAUAAUGAGGACACUUUAAAAAAAAAACAAAAAAAAAAAAAAAAAACAAAAAAACAAAAAAAAAACCCUCACCAAAAACUGGACUUAGUUUCAUCUAUUUACCUGAGGUGAUAAUUUCUUUAAGUCUCAAAUUUUGCCCAAAUCAAAAGUAUACCUCUAAAGUACCUGUGUGUGUCCUGGAUUCCCUGGGUCAGAUCUUUUACAUCCCUUGAUAAAUAACCGUUUUGUCCAUUUGAUGCCAUUGUUCAGCAUCUUUGAGAAGAAAGUUCUGUAAUGCCCUUCUCUCCACAUGAGACUGAGCUCCAAAUGAAACGGUGCACGAGUACUCAGUGGUCCUUGAGGUGUUUGUCAGUGUGGGCUAGCUUCCCCUGCUGUAUUUAUUUAUGUAUUGUCUUAAUUUUAUCAGAAUUUAAAAUGAAGACAGCUGCUAACCAUUGUGGACCAAAUGUCAUGCUACCACUAAACAAAAGACCCACUCAGUCUGUGUAAAAUUGUAUGUCUUUUUAAAGAUAUUUGGAGAUUCGUCUAAGCUUUAAAGAGGGCCGGGCAGCUCGAGAACCUGAGAUAUGGACAUAACUCUGGACCUGGUCCUGUUGUGCUAGCUGCCCCGUAAGCCUCUGAAGAGCAAUAGCUAAUUUAUUAUUACUGUAAUUUUUUAAAGGCUUUAAAGUGCCUCAGGGGUCCCCUGAAACUAAUUUUCUAUUUCUGGGAUUCCCUGGAUUCUUUAUAAGAGAUGGUGACAUGACUAGGGAAAUUCCUUUUUUUAGUAUGAAAACUAUCCCUUCAAUACCUUUCUCUUACUGGCAUUGAAUUAUCACAGAGACAGAAAAUUGGUAAAUUUUUUUAAUUUCUAACUCCCAGGAAACUCCUCUUGCCUAGUAUUUAUUUGAUGUGCUUUAACCAUGGGGGACGGGGGAUGACCUCAAGCUGCCAGUAUUGAUCUACAGACAUCAGUACACUGGGCUGGACCGUCAUAGGGAUGGCAAGAUGCUCUGGGGGGUAUUGGAUACCUCCAGUUUCUUCAUUUCUGGAUUGAGUUUUCUUAAUGUUGGUCUUCUUCAUAUCACCUCAAGGUUUAGACUUGUGAAGGAACGAGUCUGAUGAGGAUAAUAGUCUUGAAAUGAGACACUGUACAGAAUUGGAAGAAGGAAAGAAAAGACUUGUUCAUUGUAAUACUUUUUCUGUAGGUGGCCAGUUUGUUUCUCAUAGGGAAAUCCUGGAUCACCUGUCAUGUUGGCUCCUAAGGAACUGCUGUUGUAAGCGGCUCAUCAAGAGUUGAAGUUCAUGUAGCCUUGUUGGGAAUAUGGAAAAGGAAGAAAGCCACAGGACUGCCAGUUCAGUCUGGGAAGAUCUGGAUGAUUCUGCACAUGCAAAAAUGACUUGAAGUUUCUGUAGAGACACUUGUACCAAUCCAUCUUCAGUUGACUGAAUGUUGUAUGAUAGCCCUUUUCCAAAGCAAAGGUGGAAGGUUCUGGUUUCACCACACAUUUUAUAAACACAUUUCCUUUUUUGAAUUGACCUAUAGAUUGUAGGUCUCUUUUGUAUAUAACCUCUAUUCUUUUGCUUUAAAAAAAAAAAGUCUGUUCAUAUUUAAUGCCCUGUAUUAGUCAAUGAUUUGUGUUCAGCAUUAUUUGAACCAUUUGCCAUUAACGAAAGAGAAAUACUUAUUUGUGUUUUAAAUAAAACUGAUAUAGGAAAUA